CUCUCCCUCUAGUACAGGAACAUCUAAAGCGACCCAGCCAUUAAGUUUACCCUCCAUUGCGAUAGAUGGCAGUAUUGAGUCUUCUCACUUAAUACAAGAGGUGGGACUGACCGCUGUCCGAGGUUGCGAAUUGUGAAAAAACAUCAGUGUGUGUUGUUGAAGGGCUCGAUGGGGCGGGUUUAAUGCUUUAGAUCUACAAUUAAGUAGUUUCAACCAUUACUUUUGGGUUACCAUUACAGUUGAAGCAUUGGUGUUGUAAUAGAGGAUAUUGGCUGCAACGACUUUGGACAUUUUAAGUGCGCAAUACAACAACAAAAGAUAACUGUAUAGGUACAAUUCAAUUCCGAGUUUGCAGAUGCAGUUCUUCGAGCAAGCACGGAGACUUUACCUUCUGCAUUUUGGUGUCAGCUAACCUUUGUUUUUUCCCGACUGUCUCAACCACACUAAAACAGCUGAGUAACCUAACUCAUAAAGCAGUAGAUCAUGUCGGUGGAGCUGGAUGUGUUUGUGGGAAACAACACGAUCAUGGAUGAGGACGUCUACCAACUUUGGCUGGAUGGAUAUGCAGUGAAUGAUGCUGUGCGACUGCGUAUGGAGACGGGGGCGUUGCGUGACUGUGACGUGAGCUCAGACGUGGUGCACAGCGACACCAUGGACCAGUUCCGAACCUUCCACAUGUGUGAGAAGCUGCUGCACUGCCCGGCCAAACUGGGCAACCAGCUGCUCUUCCAGAUCCCUCCGCAGAAACAGGCCAUGAUGAUAGAGAGGUACUAUCAGUUCGACAGCGCCUUUGCCAGGGAGGUGCUGGGCAAGAAGCUGUCCAAGGGUGUGAAGAAGGACCUGGACGACAUCAGCUCCAAGACCGGCAUCGGCGUGAAGAGCUGCAGACGGCAGUUUGACAACUUCAAACGAGUGUUCAAAGUGGUGGAGGAGCUCAAGGGCCCCCUAGUGGACAAUGUGAAGCGUCACUUCCUGCUCUCUGAUUCUCUGGCCAAGGAUUAUGCUGCCAUCGUGUUCUUCGCCAACAGUCGAUUUGAGACGGGCAAGAGGAAGCUCCAGUACCUGUCCUUCCAGGACUUCGCCUUCUGCGCCGGGCAGCUCAUCAGCUACUGGACCGUGGGCGCUGUUGAUAACAUGAUGGAGGACAUGGACGUGGAUCUGGAGAAGGAGUUUCUGCACAACCUGAAAGAUCUGAAGGUCCUCAUCAAUGACAAGGACUUGCUGGACCAACACAAGAGUUUGGUGUGUGCCCAGUUAAGAGGGAAGAUAAAAGUCUUCAGUGAAAUGGAGGCAAACUUUAAGACCCUCUCCAGGGCUCUGGUCAACAUCGCUGCCAAGCUCACCCACUCCAAAGACGUGCGGGACCUGUUCAUAGACCUCGUGGAGAAGUUCAUUGAACCGUGCAGGUCCGACAAGUGGUCUGUGGGGGAUCUGCGUCUCUUCCUCUCUCACUACUCAAGCACAGCGCACAUGCUCGAAACAUUCAGGUUUGAGCCCAUCUGGGAUCGCUACAUGGGCGUCAUUAAGAGCUGCAUCCUGAAGAUGUACCACGACUGAGCACCUGACACACAGUGACCACAUGGGGGCACUCUUCCACACUGCACCAUGCCCAUGUGAUCUCAGUCACACUGCACCAUGCCCAUGUGAUCUCAGUCACACUCCACCAUGUCCAUGUUAUCUCACUCAUACUCUCUGCCUCUGUAGAAAUGACUCAUCUCUCUAUCCAGUUAUCACACCAUCACACUCUUUCUCUCCUCUCCUCUCCUCUCCUCUCCUCUCCUCUCUUCUCCUCUCCUCUCCUCUCCUCUCUUCCUCUCCUCUACUUCUCUCCUCUCCUCUCCUCUGCUCUGUUCUCCUGUCAUCAUGUAAUCAUAUGUAACCUGUACAGUAAGGACUUACGAGUUCUGUUCUAUGUAUACGUUCUAUGUUCUGUUCUAUGUGUUCUAUGUGACCUGUAUUAUAACAACUUGUGAGUUGUGUUAUAUUUGACCUGUAAAUAGUUCACUAUUUGAAUUAAAAUCUCUUAUUUCUUUUU